GCAUUUUGUUUCAUACAACAAAUAAGGCAAUGGUGGUGGUCAGUUAAAAGGGCAGACAAGUCACCACAGCUUUUCUCUCCAUGGUGAGUUGGUAAAACACAUGAAAUUCACAAAACCACUUAUUCCCAAUUCAACACCAAGAAAAAAAAAAUUCUUGACAUUGUUGACUUCUUGUACUUUAUUGCUUAGCUUUCCUUCAAGAUCACUUUUCUCUUUAGGCUUUUCAAGCCUCCAAGUUGUUACUUGUUAGUUCUCUUCACAAGUCAUACAAUAGAUUGCUGUUGCAGAAAAGAGAGGCAUUAGUGUUUGUGGAUAGCCUGAACAUAAAUCUAUGGUGUAUAGCUUUCCAAAGUGCCAGAUCUGUAAGUGCAGUUGCUUUGUUUUUUCAGUUUCGGUUAUGUUACGAACACAUAAAUAAACAUGAAUGGAUAAGAUUAGUGGGGUUCACUAUUAGAAAGAUCUUGUUUAUUCAUAUAUAUAUUUUGUGUCUAAUUCUACGACCUACCGGUUUAUAUGUUUGUAGACUUGUUCUUUCUGUUUAAGAUCUGGGUCUACUUGGGGUGUCUACAUUUCACAACCAAUAGACAAAGUGGGUUGAAGGGAUUUGAGAGAGGGAGAGUUUGGUGACAAUUUGGUCAUCUUUUGUGUCUAUUUCUAGACUCUUUUUUUUUUUUUUUUGUUUGAGAUUUGGGUCUUGUAUUCUUACUUGGGAUAUACAUUUCACAACCAAAAUACAAAGUGGGUUGAAACCAGUUCUCAAGUGGGUUAAAGGGGUUUGAGAGAGAGAGAGAGAGAGAGAGAGAGAGAGUUUGGUGACAAUUUGGUCCACCACAGAGUGUUUUUAAGUAUUCUGUUUCAGGUCAGAGAGUGAAAAUGAGGUCUAUAGAGGAUAAGGGGUGCUUGAACUAUGGACCGACACAGGAGAUUUCAAGCAGCAAUAAUAGUACUGCUAUGACUUUUGAGUUUCACAAAGGAAAUGGAACAAACCGGGCUUCCCAUCACCGAACAGCGCUGGGCAAACCGACACCAUCGAAGUGGGAUGACGCACAAAAAUGGCUAGUAAAUUUGUCAAGAGGAGGAGGGGGAGGGGGAGGAGAGAAGAACCAAUCCAAAACCAAGCCGAGGAAUUCGAAUGCCGAUGACAGGAGACUAAUUGCUCCAGUCCCGAAAAAAGAGGACUAUUCGAGUGGCGAUGAGGAGGUAGGAGGAGAGGGAAAUGAAUGCCAUAUUGAUUUUGCAAAUUCAAUCCAUUUUGAUGUGGAGACUAAGAAAGUAGACCGUGAAGAGUCUAUUUGGCGAAUCAAUAAGCCGGCACAGAGUCCUGUGUCGGUGGUUAGAUCGAUAUGUGUGAGGGAUAUGGGGACAGAAAUGACCCCAAUUGCUAGCCAAGAGCCUUCUAGAACUGCUACACCUAUUAGAGCUACUACUCCUGCGGUUAGGAGCCCAAUUUCGUCGGGCUCCUCAACCCCGGUUAGGGCUCUUGAGAGAUCUCAGACCGGUUUGACACCGGAGGAGAGCAGAGGCGAUGAGGGGAGGGGCGGUGGUGGCAAUAGAGGGGGUAGUAGGGACUUGGAAGAAACCAGUCCCGGGAAAGGAGGUGAGGGAAAGAACUUGGAACAAGCUCAAAAGAUGAAUCAUCUGGAAACUCAGGCCAUCGCUUGGGAUGAGGCAGAACGUGCCAAAUACAUGGCAAGGUAUAAACGUGAAGAGGUGAAGAUACAAGCUUGGGAGAAUCACGAGAAGAGAAAAGCCGAAAUGGAGAUGAAGAGAAUGGAGGUCAAGGCUGAGCGAUUGAAAGCUCGAGCACAAGAGAGGUUGGCGAACAAACUUGCUGCAACGAGGAGAAUAGCAGAAGAGAAGCUUGCAAAUGCCGGGGCAAAACUAAAUGAAAAGGCUGUUACGACUUCUGAACGUGCGGAUUAUAUAAGGAGGACCGGUAACCUUCCCUCUUCCUUCUCCUUCAAGUUGCCUUCAAUCUGUUGGUAGCUACUCUUUUGUGUAUUUAAGCUCAAUAUUUGAUGCUGGUAAAUUUUGUUGUACUACGUAUUUUUUCUUUUCCAAAUAAAACUCGUGGACUAAUUUACUGUUCUUGAAUAAAUUUUGAAUACUCAAUGCUAUGUGAUGGUUUUUUCAGUUUUAAGUAUGUAAUUUUUAAGAGAUUGUAAUUCUUGGUUAUCAUAAAUUGGUGAUUAUUUGCAUUGCCUAUGGUUAACAUGAA